ACAGAACAGUGAAAUAAUUGCUACCUUUAUAAUGUAUUCUUCCCCAAAAAUUCUCCAAGUAAAAAAAAAAAAAAAAUUAAUCUAUGAAACAAAUAUGGCAGAGGUGAAAGUUUAUGGUAUUUUUGCAGGGCCCUUUAAUCGAAGAGUUGAAUUAGCCUUGAAACUCAAAGGGGUCGAAUAUGAAUACAUUGAAGAAGAUAGGUCCAAUAAGAGUGCUGAACUUGUUAUGUACAAUCCUAUUUAUAAACAAGUUCCUGUGCUUGUGCAAAAUGGGAAGCCAAUAUGUGAGUCACUAAUAAUUCUUGAAUAUAUUGAUGAGACUUGGCAAGGCACUGCUCCUCUCUUGCCUAAAGAUCCAUAUCAGAGAGCCAUGGCUCGUUUCUUGGCUAGGCUCAUUGAUGAAAAGUUAUUGGGUGCAAUGUACAAAGUUUGUUAUGGCAAAGGAGAAGAAAAGGAAAAAGGUCGGGGUGAAACUUGUGAGGUCCUAAAAUAUCUUGACAAUGAACUCCAAGAUGAGAUAUUCUUUGGAGGAGACAACAUUGGAUUGGUCGACAUCGUUGCCAGUUAUGUAGCUCUCUGGUGUGGAGCAAUUCAAGAAGCAAUAGGAGUGGAACUAUUGACCAAACAAAAAUUUCCCAAGUUAAGCAAAUGGAUUGAUGAGUUCUUGGGCUGUAGAAUUAUCAUGGAAAAUCUCCCUUCUAGAGAAACAUUAGUGCCCUUAUACAAAGCUCAAUUUGAAGCAGCAACUCAAGGCAUCCAGCUGAAACAAGGGUGACAUAUAGGGGUUUAAAAUCUGCUUAUUACUAUAUUUUCAAUUUUUGAAUAAGAAUAUUUAAUACUUCGUUUCCCUGUAAUUUGUCAUUAACAAUAAAGAAUGUUGAACAUUACAUAAGCAAA